AUGAGAAUCGCGACGCUGCAAUUUGCCCCGAAGCUGGGCGAUGUUGAGGGGAACAUCAAUAAGGCCAAUGAGUUGCUUAAAACGGGCAAGCAUAUCUCCCUCGACGGACAAACUCAAGGGAUUGGGAUUGGGAUAGACCUUCUGCGUCCUGAUAUCCUGGUAUUGCCGGAACUGGCUUUGACGGGAUACAACUUCCCCUCCAAGGAGGCCAUCAAACCAUAUCUUGAGCCUGCUGGCGCAGGCCCCAGCGCAACAUGGGCGCGCGAUACUGCCAAACGCCUGCAUUGCAAAGUCUGCAUCGGCUACCCGGAGAUUGAGAACGGUACUAAUGAGGCAGAGUCUCCCAAGUACUACAACUCGCUCCUGGUGGUCGAUGAAACGGGCGCAGUAAUCCACAACUACCGCAAGAGUUUUCUGUACUUUACGGAUGAGACCUGGGCCGCUGAAGGCAGCGUGGAGCAAGGAUUCCGCAAGCUGGCAUUUACGCGCAACGACCCCAAGACCGAGUCUAUGACCACAGCGACCCCAGACCAGCAUGAAGUACCUACCUCCUUCGGUAUCUGUAUGGACAUCAAUCCCUACAAGUUCGAAGCACCCUAUACAGCCUACGAAUUCGCCACCCGCGUCCUCGACUCAGGCUCACAGCUGGUUAUCGUAUCGAUGGCCUGGUUGACACUAAUGAGCAAAGAGGAUAUCAUUGCACUGAACGGCAAGCCCGAUAUGGACACAUUCAGCUACUGGCUAAACCGGUUUAUGCCUCUACUAGAGAAGAAAGUGCGGCACGCGGGGGAUAUCGACCGCCACACCGACAGCCACGGCGCCUCGACGGAGGCCGGGACCAAGAGGACCGUGAUUAUCUUUGCCAAUCGCGCCGGGGAGGAGCCGGCGGCAGAUGAUACCAAGCCACCGGCGCGGUAUGCGGGGACGAGCGCCGUCAUUGCGGUGACGCAGCGGGCUCGUCUGAGGUCUCGAUCGGGAUCUGGGUCACGGGUUGGGGGUGUCCGGGAUGGGAUUGACGGCGGGGAGGAGGGCGAGGCUCCUGUGGAGGCGAAGAUCGCCUGCUGGGAUCUGCUGGGGGCGGGGGAGGAAGGGAUUUGUUUUGCGGAUACUACGGCAGAGCCGAAAAUGGUGUUUGGGUUGAGGAGGAGAGGGGGUGGUGGGAAGGAGGAGGAGGAGAGUUCGGGUGAAGACUCUGAGGGAUCGGGGUGA